UUUUUUUUUUUUUGAAAAAAUAAAAAGAAAAAACUUUAAUCAUACGACAAGGAUCGGAGUAUUUAUAAAUGAGUUGCCUCUGAUAAAUAAUGGUGAAUUGAAGCAGUAGUAGUGAGAGUGGCAGAUGUAACACUACUUAUAAAUAAUCUUGUACUACUACUAGUCUACUUUACUGGUAGCAGUAUUUUCAAAACUGAUACAUACAACUCCUACAUUAACAUUAAGAUUAUAAAUCUCAUCUUUUUCAAAAAAAAUGAGUGAUCCAGCUUAUUGCAAUUCCAAUAUCUUCACCAAAUGUUUCAACUUCAUCCCUCUUCAUAAUCACACUACUACUACUACUACUACUGCUGCUACUCAUUCUUCUACUUCUACUAGACCUAUUUCGCUUCCUAAUCCUUAUUUCCUUAACAAUGCUACAACUUCUACUAAUUACCCUCUUCCAUCUUCUAAUUAUUGCAGUAAUAAUAGUGGUUUCGACUUGAAUACUAGUUGUACAACUACUACUGAUACUGAAAUUACCUUCAACAACAACAACAACAACAUAUAUAAUUCUCAUCAUCAAAAAGAGGCACUUCCACUCCUCAACACCCUAAUCGGGCCUUCAACACUUGCCGCUCAUUAUCAUCAUGGAAAUAAUGAGAUGGUGUUAUCCGGGUCCGGCAGUAAGGAUACCGAGAGCCCUAAAUUCUCAACCACUAGUACAACAGACGACGACGAGAGCGUGACGGUGUCACUUCACAUAGGGCUACCUACACAGCCCUCUAGUGUAGAUCAGAAAGAUGAAGAUGCAGAAAUGGGUUCAGAUGCAGAUGAUGAUGGUUCGGUUCCUAAAACAACCCAUCAAGUCCAACAACAAGUCCAAGUUCAAGGAAUACAGUAUUGGAUACCUACCCCUUCUCAGAUACUUAUUGGUCCUACCCAAUUUUCUUGUCCUCUUUGUUCCAAAUCCUUCAACAGGUUUAACAAUCUCCAGAUGCACAUGUGGGGGCAUGGUUCUCAAUACAGAAGAGGGCCAGAAUCACUGAAGGGUGCCCAACCAACACCAAUGCUAAGACUCCCAUGCUAUUGUUGUGCACCUGGAUGCAAGCAUAACAUAGAGCACCCAAGAUCGCGGCCUCUCAAGGAUUUCAGAACAUUGCAAACACACUAUAAAAGGAAGCAUGGCGUGAAACCAUUCACGUGCAGGAAAUGUAGCAAGGCAUUCGCCGUGAAAGGGGACUGGAGAACCCACGAAAAGAACUGUGGAAGGGUUUGGUAUUGCGUUUGUGGCUCCGAUUUUAAGCACAAGAGGUCUUUAAAAGACCAUAUUAAGGCCUUUGGUCAUGGUCAUUUUGCCUUUGGAGUUAAUGGAUUGGAUGAAUGCUUGGAUGAACCUCAUGCUUCCGAUGCUGAUUCUAGCUUAUGAUUGACGUUAUUCAUACAUAUUUACUUGAGUUUUUUUUUUUUUUUUUUUUUCCUGUUUUCUUCUUCAAUCAUUAUUGAUUUUGUGUAGUAUAUGGUGUAAAAUUAUUUGCGUUGUUAUUUCUGGCUUUGUUUACUCUCUAAUUGCUGCAGAUAAUUGCCCUUGAUUUAUUUUCUUAAAAAAAAUGGAAAUCUUGUACUUUUGAAGUUGUGAUGUCCUAACAAUAGAUUUCUGGCCAAUAGCAAAAGUUUAAUGAGGCACAAAUACAUAGUUUGGCAGGGUUACAACACUUGGCAAUGUUAGUUAAGCAACACUCCAUAAUAGAAUAGUAUUCAAGAGCGAGGGAUCUAUCCAUCAUAGGUGCGUUUUUUUUAGUCUACCUUUUUUUUUAACAAUAUGUGCUAUAGGUUAUGGCACGCUUAUCAGCACAAAACAAGUAAAACAUGACAUUAAAGUAGACGUUAAGACAUGAUAAAUAUUAAUUUGGAUUGUCGUUGAUGAGCCAAAAAAUAAUUCUUCAAUUGAUGUUUGGCUGCAAUGCUGCAUGUUAAGUAGAGAAGAGCAAAAAAAUUAAGGUGCCAAAAAUAAAAAUAAUAGUAAAA